GUGGCCGGAGCCGAGGACCGGGGAGCAUUUCUGCCGGCGUGCGGAGAGUGUCUGGAGAGCUACGAACGUGAUUCAGGUGCGGAACCAUGCCGAGGGUGGACGCCGACCUCAAACUGGACUUCAAAGAUGUCCUGUUCAGGCCUAAAAGAAGCAGUCUGAAGAGCAGGUCGGAGGUGGACCUGCAGAGAACCUUCACAUUCCGCAACUCCAAACAGACUUACCAUGGCAUCCCCAUCAUCGCGGCCAAUAUGGACACCACGGGUACCUUUGAGAUGGCCAAGGUGCUGAGCAAACACACGCUCUUUACUGCUAUUCAUAAGCACUACUCCCUGGAGGAGUGGAAGACCUUCGCCGCCAACUGCCCAGAAUGCUUAGAGCAUGUGGCGGCGAGCUCCGGCAGCAGCCAGGCUGACCUGGAGAAACUGUGCAGCAUUCUGGAGGCCAUCCCGCUCAUCAAGUACAUCUGCCUGGACGUGGCCAACGGCUACUCCGAGUAUUUUGUGGAGUUCGUCAAGACUGUGCGGAGCAAGUUCCCCAACCACACCAUCAUGGCUGGCAAUGUGGUGACGGGAGAGAUGGUGGAGGAACUGAUCCUCUCUGGCGCUGACAUCAUCAAAGUGGGCAUCGGGCCAGGUUCCGUGUGCACCACACGCAUCAAGACUGGUGUCGGGUACCCCCAGCUGAGUGCUGUCAUCGAGUGCGCCGACUCCGCCCAUGGCCUCAAAGGACACAUCAUUUCGGAUGGUGGCUGUAGCUGUCCAGGCGAUGUGGCCAAAGCAUUCGGGGCGGGGGCGGAUUUCGUGAUGAUGGGGGGUAUGCUGGCAGGGCACGACCAGUGCGCGGGCGAGGUCAUCGAGAAGAACGGCAAGAAAGUGAAGCUGUUCUACGGGAUGAGCUCGGAUACGGCCAUGAAGAAAUACGUGGGAGGAGUCGCAGAGUACAGGGCCUCCGAGGGCCGGACGGUGGAGGUGCCGUACAAGGGGGACGUGGAGAACACCAUCCGUGACGUCCUGGGGGGGCUGCGCUCCACCUGCACCUACGUGGGGGCCGCCAAACUGAAGGAGCUGAGCCGCCGGACCACCUUCAUCAGAGUCACACAGCAGUCCAGCAACAUGUUCACCUAACACACACACACACACACACACACACACACACACACACACACACGCACGCACACACACGC